AUCUUCACAUUUCCUCUCUUUUCUUUUCCUUUCUUUUGCAUUAAUCCAUACCUGCAUUUUCUAAGCUAAGUGACCCACAAAAAAAAAAUAAUUAAAAAUAUAUAGUUUUGCAUUUUUCAAUUUUAUUUUGAUAUAAAAAAGGGAUUGAUCAGCCUGUGUUGUGCUCAUUUCUUGAGGCCCUUUAAAGGGUUUUUGAGUUUGAGUUCGUAUAAAGGGUCACAUUUUGGUAAAAAUCCUUUCUUUCUUUUUUCUUGCUGCAGAUUAUAUAGUGAAGUGUGUUGUUCUCUGACAUUUCAUCUCUGCUGCUACCAUUUGAUUUUUGCGUCCCUCAAAAGCAAAAACAAAACACCCAAAAGACAAAAACUUGCACUUUUAGCAAAGGCAACAAAAGAAAACCUUAUAUAUAUAUAUAUAUACUGUCCAAACAGAUCUCCAUUUUACCUGUGAACCUUCAAAACCUUCCCCUGUUUUCCUCUGUUUCUUGCAAAAUCCCCUGUUUUUUAACAGAGGAUUUUUGUUUUCUGUACAUUUUCUUUGUUUUUCUACAUUUUUCAACAAAAAAUGAACCAUCUUUCCUCCACGAGCCUUCUUCCCGAAACCUUUUCGGGUGCUCGGGACGAUUUUACCGAGCAAUUUAGCGUCAUAUGGGGCCAAAUCAAGGCACCAUUAAUUGUGCCAUUGCUUAAAGUUGCAGUUUUUUUGUGCUUGGCAAUGUCUGCCAUGCUUUUCGUCGAGAGGGUUUACAUGGCGAUCGUUAUAUGCCUAGUGAAAGUGUUCGGAAAAAAACCCGAAAAACGGUACAAAUGGGAGCCGCUAAAAGAUGAUUUGGAGAUUGGAAAUUCUGCAUAUCCAAUGGUUCUUGUUCAAAUCCCAAUGUACAAUGAAAAAGAGGUUUAUCAGCUCUCAAUUGGAGCUGCUUGUGGGCUUUCUUGGCCUUCUGAUAGAAUCAUAGUUCAAGUUCUUGAUGACUCAACAGACCCCAUAAUCAAGAAUAUGGUGGAAAUGGAGUGCCAAAGAUGGGCUAGCAAAGGCAUAAAUAUCAAAUAUGAAGUUAGGAACAAUAGAAAUGGGUACAAAGCUGGGGCUCUUAAAGAGGGCCUUAAACACUCUUAUGUGAAGCAAUGUGAUUAUGUUGCUAUAUUUGACGCUGAUUUUCAGCCCGAGCCCGAUUUCCUCUGGCAAACGAUACCGUUUUUAGUGAACAAUACGCAGCUGGCCCUCGUCCAGGCCCGGUGGAAAUUCGUGAAUGCAGAUGAAUGCCUGAUGACAAGAAUGCAGGAAAUGUCACUUGACUAUCAUUUCACAGUUGAGCAAGAAGUUGGAUCCUCUACAUAUGCUUUCUUUGGCUUUAAUGCAAUCGACGAGGCUGGAGGAUGGAAAGACCGUACAACGGUCGAGGACAUGGACUUAGCCGUACGAGCAGGCCUCAAAGGAUGGAAAUUCUUGUAUCUUGGUACUCUAAAGGUGAAAAACGAACUUCCUAGCACGUUCAAGGCAUACCGCUAUCAACAACACCGAUGGUCGUGUGGGCCCGCGAAUCUGUUUCGUAAAAUGGUGGUUGAGAUAAUACGUAACAAGAAGGUGAGUCUGUGGAAGAAAGUUCAUGUGAUAUAUAGUUUCUUCUUUAUAAGAAAGAUCAUUGCCCAUAUAGUCACCUUCGUGUUCUACUGCGUUGUACUCCCUGCUACCGUGCUUGUACCCGAAGUUCAAAUUCCGAAAUGGGGAGCAAUCUACAUUCCUUCGAUCAUCACCCUCCUAAAUGCAGUCGGGACUCCAAGGGUCCAUUUGUUAGAGCUUGCAACGGGAGCUUACCUCUUUUUUUGCGGUUGUUACGAUAUUGCAUUCGGAAAAAACCACUAUUAUAUAUACCUUUUCGUGCAGGCGAUCACGUUUUUCAUUAUGGGAUUUGGCUAUGUUGGCACAUUCGUACCAUCUUAG